AUGAAUCCUCCUGGGUUUCAUGGUGGAUUAAAUCCCGUGGAGGCUUAUGGGGGGACACCCAACAUGGAAAGAGUGUUCCCAGCCUGUGUAGGGGUGCAAAGACAAUGUAGUGUGACUGAGAAUAAUUUGAGAAGGGUUCAAGAAGAGUUUGAUCAAUAUGGAGUUGGCCAGAUGAACCAGGGAGGACUAAGUCAUCAGUUUAGGCCUAGACCUCGACCCUUUAAAAGAAGGCAGAUGCAACCUACAAAACCUAACCAUCCUUCGAAAUGUCAAGUAUGUAGGAAGUCUCAUUCUGAAAGAUGUGCUAGAAGUGGAAUUAGGUGUUUUACUUGUCAGAGGGAGGGACACAUGUCUAGGGAAUGUCCUCAGAAUAAGGUCCAGAUGCAGGGAAAGAGUACCAAUCAGGUUUAUAUGUUGGGCGCAAAGGAGGCUAAGAGCAACAAUGCCUUCAUUGCUGGUACGUGUCUCGUCAAUAAUCAUCCUUGUUUUGUAUUAUUUGAUUGUGGGGCGACACACUCUUUUGUAUCAAUUCAGUGCUUGAAGCGUGUUGGCUUGCAAGCAAUUCCAUUGUCUCCUUCUAUGGUGGUUACUACCUCCAUGGAUGAUGGGAUGGAUUGGCUUUCUGCCAAUUCGGUGUUUAUUGGAUGUGAAGAGAAGUUGAUUAUCAUUCCAUCUAGUGGAGCUACUCCAAAGGAUGUGCUAACCACUAUCUUGGAAGGUACGGUUGGCAUGGUUAAUUUCUUAUUUGAGAAUGAAAAUUCAGUUCUCUUGGUUCUUACCAAGGAAUUUAGAGAUAAUUUGAGUGUUACCCAAAUCCCUAUUGUUUGUGAAUUUCUGGAAGUUUUUCCUGAGGAUGUCACCUCUCUUCCUCCUGAAAGGGAAGUGGAAUCCUCUAUUGAUUUGAUACCUAGGACGACUCCAAUAUCCGUUUCUCCGUAUCGCAGGGCGCCACUCAAGUUGAGAGAGUUGAAGAAUCAAUUGGAAGAGUUGUUAACAAAGCAUUUCAUCUGA